GGAAAACAGGACCCUGCUCAGUCUGGCAUGGUGGCCGGUGGCCCGUCUCCCACUGGGGUGACCCUUGGCAAGAGGCCCAGCAUGGGCGGCUGCUGCCUGGCUGCAGCCCCCUCUGCUACAAAAGAGGCCGAGCAGGUGCAGGGCAGCAGUGCAGCCGGAGCCGGGGCACCGGGCACAGCCACCGCCGCCCUCGCUGCCACCAUGGGGAGCCCCAGCUGCUGCCUCCUGCUCACCCUGGUCCUGCUUAGCUCCUGCGCCGCUGCCACCAGAAAGUGCAACCUGCAGGGCCUGUGGAGGAAUGAGCUGGGCUCCAACAUGACCCUCUCAGCCCUGGAUGCGGUUGGGACCUUCUCGGGCUCCUACCACACUGCUGUGGCAGCUACCGACAAGCAGAUCCUGGUGUCACCCCUGCAAGGCUCCCAGCAGCACACGAGUGCCAAGGGGCAUCCCACCUUCGGCUUUACCGUGCAGUGGCAGUUCGCAGACUCCACCACCGUCUUUGUCGGUCAGUGCUUUGUGGACCGCCGUGGGAAGGAGACACUGGAGACCACAUGGCUCCUGCAGGAAGAGGUCCCAUCCCGCAAGGAUGCCUGGAAAGCCACCAGGGUCGGCACCUCCAUCUUCACCCGCAUCAAGUGAUGGGAACAGAGACCCGAGCUGCCUGCACCCUGAUGUCCCAUCUGCAUCUCCGAGGCUCUCUCCUGCCCAUGUCCCAGGCUGGGCUCCCACCUGUUCCUAGCAGCGUGACUGGGAAACAGAGUCUCGCCUUGCCCUGCUUCCUCCCAGUGCCUCCCAGCAGACUGCUGGCAGAGCCCCCCUUCCUAAAGCUUGUUGCCCCUCCACAUGGAUCUGAAUAAACCUUCCUCUGCCUGGCAGAGAGCUGUGCCCCAUGUGUCCCUGGGGUGCAAGAAGCCCCUCUGUGGCUUUGGUCAGAGCAAGGUGGGUAUGUGUUGUGGCUGGGGGAGGGCAAGGUGGUGUUUUGGGGGUCUGAGAAGGAUGGGGGACAAGAGAAGGAGAGCAGCUGGGUAAUGCUGUUUUCUGACCAUGGCUUCAGGCCUUGCCAGGUACCUUCUUGCCUAGGCACCUGUUUGGGGCAUCCACAGGGGCCCUGUGGUGGGUGACCCCAGGCAGCAUCUCUGGUGUGGAGCAGCAGGAUGCCCCAUGGUCAGGGGUCAGAGUGAAUGAAGGCUGCGUGCAGGCAAGCCAGCACGCUCACCUUGCCUCAUCCUGCAUCUCUGCACCCCAGUCCACCCUGUCUUCCCAUUAAACUCAAUUUCCAGCCACUGCUUUGUGGGGGGUGCUCAGUCCUAGGGAGAGGACUGGGUGCCAUCCCCCCCAGAGGGGACCACGGUCACGAGCUGGGAGCCUGGGGUGUUGGGGUGGUCCAAAGUCUAGGUUGGAUACUGGAGGGACCAGGGGAGGCACCUGGGGCUCUAGGGGCAGCUACUGGGCAGACUGAGUAGCUAAGGCCAGAUACUGUAUCUGUAUAUAUGUAUAUAUAUGUAGAUUUGCACUGUAUAUAUGCACAUAUGCAUGUAUUUCCCACUAACUGUCUGUCACCCAACUAGCCAGAGGGUGGAACAGGGUAAGUUUCCUAUCCAGUGCUCAAAUUCACAGAACAACAUUGCCUGUACACUAAACUUUAUUUUACCAACUCAGCAGCAAAAGAAAACGUGCACAUCAAACAAGGGCACAAUGUCAUUUGCACAUCUAACCCCCUAACUCACUAAUUCGCCACUUCAGCAAUUCAUGAAGUUUCUAACUCACAAGUUCCCUAAUCUUAAUGCACAGUUACCAACUCAG